GCGUCGUUUUUGUUGUUCGUAUAUAUGCGUUUAGUUGGAGGAUAUAUUUUUUGUGUGAAAAUUGUUAAAUAAAAUAUAAAAAAAUCAUAUAUAAUUAAAAAAACAUGUGUACUUUAGCACCCAAAAAGGAUGGCAGUCCAAAUAUUGAAUUUUAUAACUCGCCUGAAUCAUUACAGGGCUUCGAGUCCAUACGCCUAUGGCUACAGAAAAAUUGUAAAAAAUAUUUAGCCAGUAGUAAUGAGCCUAUAACAAAAGAAUCGUUGGCUCAAUUAUUGAUACAAUUUCUCCAAUAUGUUGAAGCAAAACUUGGUAAAAAUUCAGCAGAGCCACCAGCGACGCGUAUACCGAUGCGUUGUUUUUUGGAUUUUAAAUCGGGCGGUGGUUUGUGUAUUAUAUUUUCGACAAUGUUUCGCUUUCGCGCUGAGCAGAGAGGCAAGAAGUUUGACUUUUCCGUGGGAAAGAAUCCAACUCGCAAAGAUCCAAAUAUACAAUUGUUAAUUGACAUCGAACAAGCUUUAGUCGAAGCAGACCUUUAUCGUAUUCCGUACAUUUUUAUUCGUCCCGAAGUGGAUAAGCAAUUGGCCACACGUUUGCGUGAAAUAUUGGCUACUAGACGAGUAGAAAUUGUUUCGGAUGAAGAAGAUGCCACUCAUAUUAUAUACCCUGUGGUUGAUCCUCAUCCCGAUGAGUAUGCUCGUCCUAUUUUUAAGCGUGGAAAUUGUGUAAUGAUGCAUUGGUAUUAUUUCCCCGAAUCGUAUGAUACAUGGACACCAAAUUCAUUGGAAUUGCCCGAAAAUGUACCAGAAAAUCCGGAAUCUCCAGCAGAGCGCUGGCGUGUAUCCGCCUCAUGGAUUUUAGAUCUCGAGCAGUACAAUGAGUGGAUGGCAGAGGAGGAUUAUGAAGUAGAUGAUUUGGGAAAAAAGAAAAUGCAUAAGCAGCGUUUAUCCAUUGAUGACAUAAUGUCCGGUGGAAUUGAUGAAAAGAAAAAAGUAGUGAGCGGUACUCCAGUUGCUGUAAAACAAAAGCGUAGACGUUCUCCAUCUCCGAGUUCUUCUAAAUCCGGAAAGCGUAAACGGUCUCCAGCAGUACUGCAUAAAAAGUCACGCAAUGAUGAAGAAGAUGAAGAUUUAACACGUGACAUGGAUGAUCCGCCUGCCGAAACAAAUCUUCAGGAAGUUAUUAAGACCACUUCCCUUCAAUCCACAGCCAGUCCAGCUCCCGCAAGCAAGUCCAGAGCUGAUAAUGAUAUGAUGCCAAUUAAAGGCGGUACUUUAACUGAUUUGGAUGAUGAGAUGACUGGUGGUAGCGGCACUCAAGCUUUGUCGGCAUGUGAUGGUGAAAAUUCUCAGACUGGAAAAACCAGUGAGAAUAGUAAUACUCAAGAAUUUUCAUCAUCGGCCAAAGAGGACAUGGAGGAUAAUGUUACUGAGCAGACACAUCAUAUUAUCGUGCCCUCCUAUUCAGCUUGGUUUGAUUACAAUUCCAUACAUGUGAUUGAGAAACGGGCAAUGCCGGAAUUCUUUAAUUCUAAAAAUAAAUCCAAAACGCCAGAGAUUUAUAUGGCCUACAGAAAUUUCAUGAUUGAUACAUACCGUCUCAAUCCCACUGAAUAUUUAACAAGCACAGCCUGCAGACGUAAUUUGGCUGGCGAUGUUUGCGCGAUUAUGCGUGUCCAUGCUUUCCUCGAACAAUGGGGCUUGAUAAAUUAUCAAAUUGAUGCAGAGUUACGUCCCACUCCCAUGGGGCCACCACCUACAUCUCAUUUUCAUAUUCUGUCGGAUACACCUUCAGGCAUACAGUCUUUAAAUCCGCAAAAAACUCAACAGCCAUCGGCUGCAAAAUCCUUACUCGACCUUGACAAAAAGCCCUCAGGUGGUCCCAGCAAGGAGGGCAAAGAAGAUUCAUUGGAUAAGGCCCCAGUGGGCAUAAAAACUGAACCGGUGGAAAAUGGUAGUGCAGCUGCCACUGCCUCUGGUCAAUUUGGUUUAAAACUCGAUCAGUACGCUAAAAAGCCGGCAGCUAUGAAAAAUCGCACUGCUGCUAGUCUGUCCAGGGAAUGGACAGACCAAGAAACUCUACUUUUAUUGGAAGGCUUAGAAUUGCAUAAGGAUGAUUGGAAUAAAGUUUGCGAACAUGUGGGAACACGCACUCAAGAUGAGUGUAUUUUACAUUUCCUACGUCUACCAAUCGAAGAUCCCUAUCUGGAAGACGAUGGUGGAUUUUUGGGUCCUCUAGGCUGCCAGCCUAUACCGUUCAGCAAAUCCGGCAAUCCCAUCAUGUCUACAGUGGCAUUUUUAGCAUCUGUAGUAGAUCCACGUGUAGCUGCAGCAGCUGCUAAAGCAGCUAUGGAAGAAUUUGCAGCUAUUAAAGAUGAAGUGCCAGCAGCAAUUAUGGACAGUCAUCUGAAAAACAUUGAAAAAGCUUCAGCAUCUGGAAAAUUCAAUCCAUCUCAUGGCUUGAUUAGUAGUGGUAUUGCCGGUACGAGUAUUGACAAAGACGAAGAAGAUCCUAAUGCCGCAACUGUAGGUGUCGUACCUCCAUCUGGAUCGGCCGACGAGGAAAUGAAGGACCUAACCAAGAAAGACGAUAAAGAUCUUACCAAAUCCCCCUCCAAAUCCAAAGACGAAUCUAAAGACAAUGAUAAAAAAGAUGAUAAAGAAAAGACAGAAAAAGAAACCGAUAGUAAAAAAGAUGAAAAUGUCAGUGGAAUGGAUGUCAAGGAAAUUAAAACCGAAGAAUCUAGUGGUGAUGGUUCUGCAGGUGAAGGUGUCUCAAAAGAAAUCGAUGUAGCUAAACAAGUAUUUAAUGAGGCGAAUGUACAAACCGCUGCUGCUGCCGCUUUAGCUUCAGCUGCGGUUAAAGCAAAGCACUUGGCUGCUUUAGAAGAAAGAAAAAUUAAGUCAUUGGUUGCCCUGCUGGUGGAAACCCAAAUGAAAAAACUUGAAAUUAAAUUGCGUCACUUCGAGGAGUUGGAAACCACAAUGGAACGUGAGCGAGAGGGUUUGGAAUAUCAAAGGCAACAACUCAUUACGGAACGCCAACAAUUCCAUCUAGAGCAAUUGAAGGCAGCUGAGUUUAGGGCCAGACAACAGGCUCACCAUCGUCUCCAACAGGAACAGCAAUGGCAAGGUGGCCCAGCAGGCACUGGAACUGCCGCGGGUACAGCUGCCUCAGCUACAAGUGGCGCUACUUCGGGUUCAACUGUGACUCCGAGUAGCACCUUGCCCGGAGCACCACCUGUUGUUCCACAAAUAGGUCCAAGUGCUACUAUGCCAGGAGCCCCCGUUGCAGCGCCAUCAACACAUGUUGGAGCACCAGGUGCUAAUCCAGCAAGUGGUUCAGUAGCUGGUGGCCAUCCUGCUAUACAAACCACUACACCAAUGGAUACUACUCCAGCUGCUAUUGCACAAACUGUUCCAACAACAGCUUCAGAAGCACCAGCUGCAUCUCCAACCUCGGGGUCCACCAUACCACCUGCAAAUCCCUCAGUUCCGUUAGCUACAAAUGUAGCUGGUCCUGUUCAACCCACACCUAACAUUCCACCGGCCCCAGGAGGUCCCACAGGUGCUCCCACAUCAUCUUAAAUGCGUAUCUCUCAUUUGAGAUUUUCUCUAAAAGAAAGCUAGGUUUAGUAUUUAAUUUUAGUUUUACAGAUGUCUCAUGAAAUUGUAUAAACAUUUGUCGUGUUCUCUCUUUUAAUUUCUUAAUCAACUUUGUCGAUAUUUUGCCGAAAAUUUGUUGGCAGAUUUCUAAAAUGUUCGAAUUGGACACAUUUAUCUCUAUAUGCGGUUAAAAAGUAUUUACAAUGAUGAAUAUUCGAAUAACAAUGGAUAAACAUUUCUUAUUAUAAAUAAACGUAUUCAAUUAUCUGUACGUAAAUGGAUAA